AUGUCUUCCUCUACCACGUCGCUUUACAAUCAUAUAUCAAAGCCGGUGACUCAUAUGUUACCACAUUAUGAUGUGAUUGUAGUAGGUUCUGGUUAUGGAGGUGGUAUUGCGGCUUCUCGUAUGGCUAGAACUGGGAAACGGGUUGCAUUAUUGGAGAGAGGCCGAGAACGAUGGCCAGGAGAAUAUCCAGAGAAAUUUGUCGAUACAGUCAAAGACCUUCAUGUAUCAAAAAAUAAUCGGGAUUAUGGAAACAAGCUUGGAAUGUACCAUGUUUAUUUGGGUAAUGAACAAGAUGCGGUUGUUGCAAAUGGUCUUGGUGGAACGUCCUUGAUUAACGCUAAUGUUGCAUUAGAAGCUGAUGAAAAUGUAUGGAAAAUGAAUUUAUGGCCUAAAGAAAUUAAGAAAAGUGAAAUAGAAGAAGGAUAUAAUCGAGCACGUCACAUGCUUGAACCUAAUCCAUACCCAGAAGAUUGGCCAGAACUACCAAAACUCACAAUACUCGAAGAACAAGCCACCUUAAUGGGUUACAAAGAUCGUUUCUAUCGACCACCAAUCACCGUCCACUUCAAACGAGGUGUCAAUAAUGCAGGUGUCUACCAAAAAGCGUCUACUCUAACUGGCAACGAUGCCACUGGAGUGAAUGAUGGCAGCAAAAAUAGUACGCUGAUGAAUUAUAUCCCGGAUGCGUGGAACCAUGGUGCCGAUAUUUUUUGUGAAGUAGUUGUGAAACGCGUGAAACAAAAUAAGAAUGGGAAGUGGGUUGUUUAUUAUGAGUGGUUAGGGGAUCCACGAUGUAAAUUUAGCACAGAUUUUGAGAAUUCGCAAUUUUUUGUUACAGCUGAUAUGGUUUUUCUUGCUGCUGGUACUUUGGGCACUAAUGAGAUUAUGUUGAGAUCUCGAGCUUAUGGGUUGAAAACAAGUAAAAAUUUGGGUAAAGGGUUUAGUGGAAACGGUGAUAUUUUAGGUUUUGGAUUUAAUACCAAUAGAGUCUGCAAUGGUAUAAGCAUGGGUUGCAAAGACCCACAAGGAUUCAAAAAAAAGGUCGGUCCCUGCAUCACUGGAGUCAUUGACAUGCGGACACCUGUCGACAAUGUAUUAGACGGAUUCGUAAUUGAAGAAGGAGUCGCACCAGCAGCAAUCGGACACAUAUUCAAAUCGUUACUAACUACGAGUUGCGCUAUAAACGGCAAAAAGCCAUUAAAGCUCACUUUUUCUGACAGAGCACAAAAAAGCUGGCGCCGUUUUUUAACUCCAUUCACUGGUAUCUACGGUGGCGUAUUGAAUCACACGCAAACAUAUCUGAUAAUGUCACAUGAUGACGGAUCUGGAGAAUUCGAGUUUAAGAAUGAUCGACUUCAGAUGGGAUUUAAAGGUGUUGGAAAAACCAAACAGAUUGAUCAUCUGAAUAAAAUUUUGGAGGAGGCGACGCAUGUGUUGAAUGGGACUUUCAUUCCUGAUCCUAUUUGGACGAAGAUAUUUAAAAAUUCGUUGGUGACUGUGCAUCCUCUUGGCGGGUGUAAUAUUGGGAAAGAUGCACAGUCUGGCGUGGUUAAUCAUAAAGGACAGGUUUUCAAAGGAAAAGAAGGCACAGAAGUGUACGAAGGACUUUAUAUUUGUGAUGGAUCAAUUGUUCCCACAUCUCUUGGCGUGAACCCAUUCUUUACUAUUUCUGCACUUGCGGAACGAAUAUGUGAAAAAGCAGCAGAAGAUCAUAGAUGGAAGAUUGAUUAUCAUGAAGUAACAAAGCCGAUAGAUUUCGAGCAUCCUUUAAUAGUUCAUGAAAUACCGGUGGAUAUGAUAGAGCGAGAAGGAAGAUAUCUAGAAACUAAAAAAGGAGGAUUAUUAUUCUCGGAAGUGAUGAAAGGGUAUUUCUCAACUGAAGUUAUUGAUCUUGACUACGGAGAAGAUGUUUAUCAAAUUGCUGAACUUCAAGCAAUGACUGCUGACUCAACGAUGGCAUUCUUAAUUUCAAUCAUUGCCUACGACGCCGAAACUCUAGUACGCAUCGAGAACCAUUCAGCUGAAUUAUUCGGAACAGUCACAUGUCGAGCACUUUCGCCCGACCCUUUAAUCAUAACUACAGGCUCGUUCCGUCUACUGGUUGAUGAUGUGACUGGCGUAGACAAUUGUAAAAUGAUGUACGAUUUGGAUCUGUUAAGCUCCGACGGCGAUAAAUAUAAAUUCGAGGGUUAUAAAAUCGUAUCUAACACACUUUUCCGUAAGGGAUGGAAACAGACGACUACUUUAUACGUGACGGUGAAGAAGAAGGAAACCGGACAAGUCGUUGGUCUUGGAUUGUUGCGUAUUGGGGCUUUGGAUUUUGCGACUACUCUUACUAGUCUUAAGUCAACAGCUCCCACUUUCCGUGGUAGACUUGUCAAUUACGCGCAAUUUACAAAUUUCUUCUGGGGUCGUAUGGUAGCACAUUAUUGUCCAAUUUUUCUUCCACUAAAAUAUCCUGAAGAUGCACUUCCUAUAAAACCAUUCAAAAAAUUGUCGCAAACAGAAACUUAUAAGGUCAUUGCCAAAGAUGGUGUUCAAUCGUUGUUGACUCGAUAUAAGGGUAACGGAAAAGGAAUUCAUCAUCUAAAAGGACCUGUACUUUUGGUUCAUGGUGCUGCAAUGACUCAUGAAAUGUGGACAACAACUCUACUUGAACAUACCAUAGUCGAUGUUCUCCUUGAAGAUAAUUACGAUGUCUGGCUAAUCGAUUAUCGAAUGUCCCCAAUCAAUAAAGCAUCGCAUGAACAGCAUACGGUCGAUUCAUUCCGUUUAGAUAUCGCAGCUGGUGUUGAUAAAAUUUGCGAAGUAACUCACGUUGAAAAAAUUGCAAUUAUUGCUCAUUGCGUUGGAUCGAUAGCUACUUUUAUGGGAUUAUUGGAUGGUACUAUAAAAGGUGUUGGUUCUCUAAUUGUGUCACAAGUAGGAAUGCAUCCCACCUUUGCACUAUUCAACAGUGUCAAAGCACGUCUCGGCCUAAUCUACAUAUGGAAAUAUAUUUUACGACAAACCUUUUUUGACAUGCGAACCUCCAAAAAAACCGACAUUUUCAAUCGCAUCAUCAAUCAAAUGCUCCGAUUUGUCCCAGUUGGCCACGGACAAGUAUGUCGUGGCGCUGAGUGUCAUCGAGCAAGUUUCGCGUAUGGAUUAAUUUGGCGACACGAACAUCUUAGUCAACAAAUUCACGAUCACCUCGGCGAUGUCGCCGCGCAUGUUAAUGUGACUACAAUGACUCAACUUUUGUCGAUUGGGCUGAAGAAGAAACUCGUUGAUGCGAAGGGCAAGAAUGUGUAUGUUAUUGAAAAGAAUGUUAAGGAGAAUUUGAAUUUCCCGAUCACUUUUAUUCAUGGUGAUAAGAAUGCAGUCUAUAGUCCAGAAUCCACAAAGAAAUCAUUUGAAGUAUUACGAGAAAUCAAUGGACCGGAUUUAUAUAAACGCUGGGAGAUUGACAAUUAUGGACACCUCGACACUUGGUGGGGUAAAAAGUCACAUGAAGACAUUUUCUUCCGCGUCACUGAUCAUUUACGAGAUACCGCAAGUCAUUACGGAUAUCAACCGGGACACUUUCAACGGUUAGAAAAAUCAGCCGCCGCGAAAAUUGAUAAUAUUAUUCAUGUUGGUUCUUCGAGAAAUAACAAAGGUAGUGAUUAA